GUUAGGAACGCACGGCGCACAACACGCAGUGCAGAUAGCUUCUCCACCUCCAAUCAUUAAAGGAUUAUCAACACUUCAGCUGGCAUUUCGUUCUGAAAUAAUCAGAUCGUUCAAAUACUGGUUUCUAGAUCUGUCCUCAGAAAUACACGCGUCAGGAAGAUCUCAAGUUUCAAUGUCAAAGUGAAUGGAGCAUCGCUGAUUCUGAAGAUGAUGGAGAAAUGAACAACUGGUGAGGCUUUGAAAGCAGUGGGAUCGGCUGUAGAUGAGUGUCCUGCACCAUGCCGCCGGGGGUCUACGGCAUGCAGGAUGUGUGGGAGAGGGAGGGUCGGCAACAGGUCAACAUGGAGUUUCUCCUCCCCACGGGGAUCUACCUUAGCUUUCCCAUCGCAUGCAGUGACACCAUUAGUACCAUCAAGAAGUUGGUGUGGAAGAAUGCCAAAAGCGAGCCUCUCUUCAGUGCCCUGAGUGACCCGGAUGCCUACGUCUUCACCUGCAUUAAUAUGACUGCCGAACGGGAGGAGCUGGAAGAUGAGCAGCGUCGCCUGUGUGACGUUCGGCCCUUCAUGCCAAUUCUCAGGCUUGUGGCUCGAGAAGGAGACAGAGUCGAGAAGCUUAUCAACACCCAGAUCAGUCUGCUCGUAGGGAAAGGCCAUCAUGAAUUUGACUCUCACAAGAACCACGAAGUGAACGAAUUCCGAACCAAAAUGCGAACAUUUUGUGAAGAGCGUGCUCAGGAGCGUCAAGUGUUGCCAUGGUAUCAAUGGAUGGAGUAUAACUUCCCUUGUGACUUGGAGCCAUGCCCUAUAGUGGCAAACUCUGGGAAAUCACGCAGUAUGAAGAAGAUCUUUGUCAAUGUGAAGUUUGAGGGCAGUGAGGAGACCUUCGUUCUACAGCAAGAUCUUCAGGACUUGCCAGUGGUUCUCAAACGGAACGCCCUGAGAAAGAAAUCCACUGUGUUCCGAUUGGUGAAGCAGGACAAGCCAGAGGAUUACACCCUGCAAGUUAAUGGGAGAUUGGAGUUCAUUUAUGGAAAAUAUCCACUAUGCCAGUUCAAAUAUAUUUUUUCAUGUUUGUACGGUGGCCAUACCGCACACCUGACUAUGGUACAUCAUUUAGCCAUCAUCAAGUACCAGGAGGAACAGGGUGGCCUCAGUAACCAGGUGUCCAGGAGUCGCGUUCCGUCCAAACCGCCCCCACUGCCUCUGAAAAGGCAAAACACAAUGUCGCUGUGGUGUAUUCAGGAGCCGUUCUACAUACACCUUUUACAGGGCAGUCGAGUGAAUGCGGACGAGGGCAUGAAGCUGGUGGUUCAGGCUGGCCUUUUCCAUGGCAGUGAACUCCUUUGCAAGGUGGUGACCAGUAAUGAGGUCAGUGUUUGCUCUGAACCAGUAUGGGACCAGAAACUAACGUUCGACAUCUGCGUGAGUGACCUGCCUCGUAUGAGCCGCCUCUGCUUCGCCCUCUAUGGUGUCAUCGAGAAAACCAAGAAGCGCCCUACCAAGAAGAAAAACAAAAGAGCGGAUUGCCCUUUGGCCUGGGUUAACACAAUGGUGUUUGACUAUAAGGACUGCCUAAAGACUGGUGAAUUUUCCCUGUCCACCUGGCCCUCCGUUCCAGAUGAUAAAGGUGAUCUAUUGAAUCCUAUGGGCACUGUGGAGAAAAAUCCAAAUAUUGACAGCACUGCUGGUCUCCUGAUUCGGUUUCCCAACAUCAGACCACACCCACUGUACUUUCCUCCAUUCGAAAAGCUAAAUGAGCUGGGGCUAAAUGGUGAAAAGGUCAUUGCUACAAAAGAAGAGCACAUGAAAUUGAGAGAGAUAGUGGACAAUAAGAACCACACAGAGUUCUUCGAGGAUGAGAAGGAGCUCCUGUGGAAACUGAGAGGGGAAGUGAGGCAGCGCUACCCAGAGAGUCUGCCCAAACUCUUGCUCAUCACUAAGUGGAACAAACACGAAGAUGUGGCUCAGAUGGUUUAUUUAUUGCAGAAAUGGCCAGACCUGCCCGCUCUUCAUGCUCUAGAGCUUCUGGACUACAGUUUCCCUGACCCUCAUGUCCGUUCCUUCACCAUCCGCUGCCUCAGGAAGCUGCGGGAUGAUGAGUUAUUUCAGUACAUUUUGCAACUGGUUCAGGUGCUGAAGUAUGAAUCUUACCUGGAUUGUGACUUGACCAGUUUUCUUCUGGAGAGAGCCCUGGUCAACAAGAAGAUUGGCCACUUCUUAUUUUGGCACCUCAGGUCAGAAAUGCACGUCCCCUCAGUCAGCUUGAGAUUUGGACUUAUUUUGGAGGCGUAUUGCCGUGGAAGCAUCUAUCACAUCAAAAGUUUGAUGAAGCAGAAUGAGGCUCUAAAUAAGAUGAAGGCUCUGAAUGACUUUGUGAAGUCAGGCAGUCAGAAGGCGACCAGAAUACAGACUACAGAAGACAUGAAAUUGUGCAUUAAACAAGACACUUAUAUGGAAGCACUCUCAGAUGUUGUGUCCCCUCUUAACCCAAGCAUCCUGCUGUGUGAAAUCUGUGCAGACAAGUGUAAGUUCAUGGACUCUAAGAUGAAACCUCUGUGGCUGAUGUACAAGAACAAAUAUGACACCGAGGGCAUUAUUUUCAAGAAUGGAGAUGAUCUGAGGCAGGACAUGCUAACCCUUCAAAUGAUUCAGCUGAUGGAUGUUUUGUGGAAGACGGAGGGUCUUGACCUUAGAAUGCUGCCCUACGGAUGUCUUUCCACUGGGAGUAAGACAGGUCUUAUCGAGGUGGUGAAAAACUCAGACACUAUCGCCAACAUCCAGAGAAACAACAGCAACAGUGCGGCCACUGCUGCCUUCAACAAAGAUGCUCUUCUCAACUGGCUCAAGUCCAAGAACCCAGGGGAUAAACUGGAUCAAGCCAUUGAGGAAUUCACCCUUUCCUGUGCGGGCUACUGUGUAGCUACAUAUGUUCUGGGAAUAGGGGACCGUCACAGUGACAAUAUCAUGAUUAGCGAAACGGGGCAGUUAUUCCAUAUAGAUUUCGGGCACUUUUUGGGGAACUUCAAGAGCAAAUUCGGGAUCAACAGGGAACGUGUGCCUUUCAUUCUGACAUAUGACUUUGUCCAUGUUAUUCAGGAGGGACGGACCAACAAUAACGAGAAAUUUGAACGGUUUCGGGAGUGCUGUGAACAAGCUUAUAAGAUCCUUUGUCGGAAUGGGACUCUUUUUGUGAAUCUCUUUGCCUUGAUGAAAGCUGCAGGACUCCCUGAACUCAGUUCUUCCAAAGACAUUCAGUACUUAAAGGACUCUUUGGCACUGGGGAAAUCUGAGGAGGAGGCACUGAAGAACUUUAAAGUGAAAUUUAAUGAAGCUCUAAGAGAGAGCUGGAAGACCAAGGUGAAUUGGAUGAUGCACUCUUUUGCCAAAGAUAACAGAUAAACAGCACUUGUUUCAUGAACUGCUAUGGGAGAGCCACCAAAAUCCUCUUGAUGCUGAGUUUUUAGUUAAACUGAUGCAGCUUUAGACAGAAUAUUUAGUUGCACUGCUGAGUUUUAUUCAUUGAAUUAUAGGUGACAGAUCACAUCAACGGCUGUUUAGGGAAUGUUUACAUCUGUAACUUAAUAGUAAAUAAUUAUAUACAUUUGUUUUGGUGAGAUUUCAAGUUUCAGAUUUCAUAUGUUGUAAUUGCAACACGAUGCACUGGGGAUCCAAGCUACUAUUUUAGGGUUUGCGUGCCACUGGUUUGUUUCUGUAAUACUGCACAGGAUAAAUAACAAGCAGUUUUGGUUCAGGAGAAGAAAACACUUUUUUGUUUUCAUAUCGUUUACAUUCAGUUUUGGGAUUUUUCGUUACCAGUUUACUUGAAUGUGUUUGAUUGUACAUAUUGAUUUGUGUAUCAGGCAUAUAUAUAUAUAUAUAUAUAUAUACAGUCCUUGCAGAGUAUUUUGAAUUGUUUUGAAUUAUUUUUAAAACAGGAAUUGUUCAUCUGGAAAGCUUUGUAUAGUGGUGUAUAUGAGAAGACAUUUUCUAUGUCAAUGUAGAUAUGAGCCUUAAAUAUUUUGUAUUAGUGGGGUAAUCUGUGCCUUUGGGAUGAGACGCAAGCCAUCUUGAAGACAUUUCCAAAGAGUUUGCUUUUUGUUUCGUGAAAUGAGUUCAAAGGAUGUAUGACUUGAACUACUGUACUAUGUAUCAGGGUGAAGUUAAAAAAGAAAUAUUAUUGCAUUGUAGAAAAUUGCUCGUCUUAAUCGUGUGCCUAUUUUAAAUAUCAAUGAAAUCUAAGUAGUGUUUUCUCUUCCGGAUAAACCUUUAAAAAUUCUAGAAUGUAUUGCCACAGUAUACUGGAAGCCACUGCUAGAUGAUUUAUGAAGAUAAAUACUUUCUAAAAAGAUGCCUCUCGAAUGUGAAUUUUUGAAGAAGAGAUUCAAAUCCAUUGAAUCUUUACAUACAUAAGAAGUCCUGAAAAACAGCCAUCACAUAGAAUUGUAUUAACAUAAGGACCUAUUAUAAUGUAAGGAAUGUUGGUGCAUUACUAUCUGUUGGACUAUUAACUGGGGUACAUCAUUAUUUUGUCUUUGGUUGUGUGCCAUGA